CACCCAGGGAGAGAGCUGCCUCCGAUCUGCAGUGAUGUUCGCCAAAAGCAGCGGCUCUCCAUUGACACUCUGCCCCCCGAGGUCAAAGCUCCGUUCCCCUCUGACCCUAUCAUCCCCCUGCGUACCAAGACCACCAAGGAGUUUCAGGAGGACAUGGAGCGUGCCGUCCAAUCAGGUGACUGGAGGGAGGUCCGGGAGUUUUACCUGACCACCUUCGACUCCUUCAUAGAAAUCAACGCUGCCUUCAAGCGAGAGGCGAAUGGAUCGUUUAACACCAUAGACGACUCGGGAGUCAACGCCAAGUUUGUCAAUGCUGUUUAUGAUGCACUGCUCAGCACACCUCAGGACAUCCAGAAGUCAGUGUUGAAAGGGAUCAUCAACAGCCUGCUGAGGGAGUGGAAAGGACCUCGGACAAAAGAUGACCUGCGGGCAUAUUUCAUUCUUGUUCAGAACCCCCAGUAUUCCAGCACCAGCACCUAUGUGAUCUACGCUCACCUGCUGAGGCAGAUUGCAGCUCUGUCUGAGGCCGACCACCACUUCCUGGUUCACUGGCUCAAAAAGCUGUCGGCGAGGCGUUUCAGGCAGCUGGUAGAGCGCCUCCUGCAGUUCAUCUCCACCCGUCUGUUUCCUGCAGAACCAGACGAACUUCCUCCUUUGGCUAAAUGCUCCUGGUGGAUUCCCUCCGCUACCAAAGUGCUCGGCCUGUUCAAUGCAGCCAACAGUGUCUCCUCUCCCCCCAUCAUGCCUUUCACCGACUUCUACAACAUCACUCUGGAGCACAUAGAUUUCAUGGAGGAGUACAGGACCUGGCAGAACUACGGCAACUCAAAUAGGUUUUCCUUCUGUCAGUUUCCCUUCAUCCUUUCGACUGUGGUGAAGAAAGCCAUCAUCCAGAAAGACUCUGAGCAACAGAUGAUUAGUCAGGCCAGGCAAAGCCUGGUCAGUAAGGUUUCUCGCAGGCAGAGAGUGGACAUGAACCUUCUGUUUCUCAACAUUAAAGUACGACGAGCACAACUUCUCAGCGACUCGCUGGAUGAGUUGACAAGGAAGCGGUGCGAUUUGAAGAAGAAGCUGCGGGUGACGUUUGUUGGGGAGGCGGGGCUGGACAUGGGCGGCCUGACAAAAGAGUGGUUCCUGCUGCUGGUCCGACAGAUCUUCCACACAGACUACGGAAUGUUCACCUACAUGAAGGACUCGCGCUGCCAUUGGUUCAGCAGUUGGAAGUGUGACAACUAUUCUGAGUUCCAGUUGGUUGGGACUCUGAUGGGCUUAGCAGUUUACAACAGCAUCGCUCUCGACAUCCACUUUCCCCUCUACUGUUACAGGAAGCUCCUCACUCCACCUACUGUACCAUGCGACCAAAAUGCCCUCGUCGGCAUGGCAACCGCCACCCUGGACGACCUGCAGCAGAUCAUGCCGGAGAUGGCUCAUGGUUUGGGAGAGCUGCUGAGCUACGAGGGAAACGUAGAGGAAGACUUCUACCUCACCUUCCAGGUGUUCCAGGAGGAAAUGGGCGUGGUCAAAUCCUACAACCUCAAGCCUGGAGGAGACAGAAUCCCUGUCACCAAACAGAACAGGAAGGAGUAUGUCCAGCUCUACAUCGACUUCUUGCUGAAUAAAUCCAUUUAUAAACAGUUUGCUGCCUUUUACCAUGGCUUCCACAGUGUGUGUGCCUCGGAUGCACUCAUGCUGCUGCGCCCGGAGGAGGUGGAGAUGUUGGUAUGUGGGAGUCCAGAGCUCGACAUGAGCGCUCUGCAGAAAGCUGCUCAGUAUGAAGGAUACAGCAAGACAGACACCACCGUACGGUGCUUCUGGGACGUGGUGCUGGCCUUCCCUCUGGAGCUGCAGAAGAAGCUCCUCCACUUCGCCACAGGAAGUGACCGCGUUCCUGUCGGAGGAAUGGCCGACCUCAACUUCAAAAUCUCUAAGAUCGAUGUUCCAACUGACUGGCUGCCAAUCUCUCACACUUGUUUUAAUCAGAUCUGUCUGCCUCCGUACCGAACCAGGAAGGAGCUUAAACACAAACUCACCAUUGCCAUCUCCAACGCUGAGGGCUUUGGCCUGGAGUGACCAGCCUGCACAGACUAUUAGCGGCGCUAGCUAUCUGUCCACCUCAACUACCACAGUGCACCUUACUUAUCUCUUUGGUCAUGGAUCAGACUGUAGAGUGAACAGGUUUCUCAGCAAGCGAGUUCUAAUGUCAAACAAUAUUAUCAUGGACUGUAAUGCAGUUGGUAUUGCUAGACUUGGGUCGUCCUCAUCCGUUUGCCAAUGUUGAAUAAGAUGGGAACUUCCCCCUGCAACAGCUAUACAGAAACACUAGAAAUCAUUUUAUUUGCACAUGACCUGUUAUUAUAAGACGUCCCUGAUUGAAGGAAAUGAAAUGAAGAAAUUCAGGAUUUUUAUGUCAGUAGAUGUCACAAAAUUGAAAUUUGAAAACAUCAGUGUGAGUCUUCCACAGACUUUACUGGUCAAACCAUUACAGUUUCAUAAAUUAAAUGUUAAAUAUUUCUGGUCCCUUAUCAUUGAAAACAUAUCAAUAAUAUGUGUUCUCUAGAAAAAAACUUCUCAUAAAUUGUAAUUAUAGCUCACUCAUUUGCUCAGGUAAUUAUAAUGACCAAUGUUACAAUUUUUUAAGCAGAUUACCAGGUAUUUACUUCUGUGAUGCUCUACUUUAUGGUCCAGAGUAAACCACCAUUAGUCUAAAUCUGCAUUAAGCCAGUUAAAUCUGUAAACACAAUUGUUUCUCUCAGUUUCAGCUCUCCAUCCAGACUAAAACACAAUUUUUGUAUAAUGUAUAAAUCUUAAAACGCCAGCUUGGUGUGUCAAUGCAUACAGGGUAAACAAGGCGUUUAACACUGUAAUGCAAUUUUAGUUAUUUUAACAAAAACACAUUUUGAAACUAAUUACUUAUAACAUUUUAAGUAGUUUUCUUAAGAAGAAAUGUUCAAAUUCUCUAAUUUAAGAUUCUCAAAUGUGAAUAUUUUCUGGUUUCUUUAAUCCUCUAUGUCAUUGAACUGAAUGUCUUCGGGUUGUGGACAAAACAAGUCAAUUGAGAACAUCACCUUGGGCUUACGGAAACAGUGAUGAACAUUUUUCAUCAUUUUCUGACAUUUUAUGGAGCAAACAAUGAAUCAAUUAAUUGAGAAAAUGAUUGAUUAAUCCAUAAUCGCAAUAAUCGUUAGUUGCGCUGCUGGUUAAAAUGUAGUGUUUAUGGGCUGCAAUAAAAUCACUAUUUCCUACUCUUUAUGUUGUCUGACAAAUGUAACAGUAAAUUAUAUCAGGACAACUACAUUGUGAAUUCAGAAAUCAUUCAAUAAGCUAGCCUAUAAUUCAUCCUUAAGUAUUCAAUAUGUGAAAUUUAAGGUAAAGAAUAUAGGGAUUUUUUUUAUGACACAGCAGUAAGAUACAGCACUUACAAAUUGAAGGUAAAAGGCAGUAAAAAGUAUAUAAGUUAGAAUAUAAGAUUUCUGGAGGACACUCAAGUUUCGAGAUGUAUGAUUUUUUUAUAUUUACUGUUUUGUGUCGAUUCUGACGUCACCGCUUUGGCGGCUUUUGAAAUAUAUUUUUAUGAAGGCCUAGGGUUUUAAUCAUUUUGCUUUGUUUGCAGCACACUGUCAGGAUAUAAAGCUUUGCUGGGAGAAGAAUGCUAUUGUGUAUCAUGAGAUAUAGAUUGUCUUGUGAAGUUUUGUUCUUGUUUAUUGACAUUGCCGCCUGUUUUACUGAACCAAAGGCUGCAGCACAACUGUUUUCAUUUUGUUUUAAAUGUUGAACUAGAGCUGUUGAUCUACAGUUUGACACUUCUCCUAUGUGGUUUAUGUUGUAUGAUGGCUGCCAUCGGGCUAAGAGAUAACCUGCAGCUAUAGAAGCUGACUGUUCGUAGAGUACAGAAGAUGAAGCAGGAUGAAAAAAAGAAAAAAUUUCUGAAAGUCCUGUUCUGUUAGUAACAUGUAGUUAAAUAGACUGAUUAUUUUAGAGAGAUGUUCAGUGAUUGUUGCUAAGUAAUUAAAAGGAAGGGUUUCAGAAGUAUAUUUAGUGAUUUAAGCACCACAACCUUUUUGCCUUUCAUGCCGUUGCUGCCUCCUGUCUGGAGCUGAGCAGUGCUGGUUUUAAACACUCAGCACUCUCUUAUAUCAGGUCGCCAUGGCAAGAUAUCUAAAGUCCAAAAAACCCAGAAGUUACCAAGCAACAGCCAAGCAGCUUGUAUGGUUGCACCGUCCAAACUCAUCAGUCUGAUCUGGGUCACUCAUUCACCCAGUCUCGCUGAGUGUCUAUAGGGUCUGAAAAAGCCCCUUAUACAACAAUGGAUCCUUUCUAUCAUUUAAUGACAAGUCCAGAGAAACAGCAGGAGCCAGAAGCAGCUCUGCUCCAGUCUGCUUGAGAAGGACGUUGUGCCACAUUCACAUCACGUAGGACAUUUUAAAAAUACCAGCUGCUGACUGGAAAAAAUGUCAGCGUCCUUGCGCUGAAUGCAAGGCUGGGAUAUGGGAAAUGUUGUAGAAGGAACUACAACUGCUUGGGCAAAAUAGGAUAAUGUGAUGUCAGAGAAGUAGUUUUUUUGAUAUGUUAAUCUAACCCAGGUCUGUUGUAUGUGAAUGGGACCAAACUGUGUCAGGUUAUACAGUGGGAUGGCAGCGUAAAGACCUUGUCAAAAAUCUGUUUGAAAAUAUUUCAAAUGGAUUUGAAGGACUUGUUGAGAUGUAAUUAUUUUCACAGUAGAGAAAAGUCAUGUAUUUCUCAUGUUUUUUUUUUAUUAUUUAACAGCUGUAAACCUUCAGUUUUAUCAGUAUCAGUCAAUGUUGUGUUAACUUUGCUCUGUUGGGUUUUAACCUGAGUUGCAACAGUUGGUGAACUCAUGUUAAAGGACCGGUUUUUGAAAUGAUGCUUCUCUGUUGCCUAAGUCUUACAUAAUAUACUGUAUGUACUGCAGUGUUUCCACACGUAUUUACUGUACAGUAAAGGCUGACGAGGGGUCCCCUCUCUCUAGAAAAAGA